AUGAUGACUACCACCGCCUUUACAAUUUUUGCUCGCCUUCUCCUCUUUGCCCUCCCGCUUCUCGCAUAUAUUUGUCCCGUCCUAGCAGCAUCCUCCAGUGGCAGUGCCACUCCGACGAGUGCUUCAGCCGCUGCAUCGGCUUCGGCGACGAUUGAUCCCGGCAGUCACGGAUAUACAUAUAUAGGAUGUUAUAACGAGACCACAGGCUUUUCAGCCGGUGGGGAUGUGCGUGCCUUGACUGGUGGGACAGUGAAUGCUUCCAACACCAUGACGGUAGAGCAAUGCUUUAACAUCUGCGGAGACCAGCAAUACGCCGGGCUGGAAUAUACCCGAGAGUGCUGGUGCGGCCCGUAUCUCAACUCCCAGUCUGUCAAACUCAACGAUUCCGAAUGCAAUUUGCAAUGCAUGGGCGAUAAAUCUGAAUUCUGCGGUGGGCCUUUGAAACUCACUCUGUACCAGCGCAAAUCCGGCAGCUCUUCCUCUUCAUCCUCUUCCUCCUCGGGCCACAAAAACGCCGGAGGAUUCUCUCUUUUAUCCUACCAUCGCCGACAGCACUAUGCUGCUGACCACGGCUCAUCUUCUUUGGCGUACUUUGUUGGAUCAAUGGCUGGCUACACAAAUUUGAUUGCCGGCGUAGUUUUGGGUAUCGGUGCCGGAUUGGCGUUAUAUUAG